AUGACUACUUCAAACGGAGCCGCACAGAAGCCGGCUGUACCGUCCGUUCCGAACCGGGCCGAAGAGCUGGCCGAGCUCAUCGACGCCGUCAAAGCCUUGGUGGUUCCGUUCGUCAAGGACGCCGACGAUGCCUUUCCCGAACGCGCACAAGGCGGCCCGGCCGGUACCUCCACUGCGGACCUGCCGGUCCGCACGGCGUUGGUGGAGUCUCUCUCACCCCAGGAGCUGGUGCCCCGCCUCAAUCUCAGUCUACCCCAGGGAAACGGCGGCGGCCGGGACGCUGCGUUGGCCCUCAUCCAGCGGAUCCUCGAGUUGAGCGUCAACACGUGGGACCAGGGCUUCUUGGACAAGCUGUACUCCAGCACCACGCCCGUUGGCGUGGCCGCCGAGCUGCUGCUGUCUGUGCUCAACACCAACUUGCACGUAUUCCAAGUGUCCCCUGCACUCAGUGCCAUCGAGAAGACAACGGCGCGCGAACUGGCCCGUCAGUUCGGCUUCACGGGCCCGCGCGCUGGCGGUGUUACCGUGGCGGGCGGCAGCGCGUCCAACUUCACAUCGGUGAUCGUGGCGCGCAACACACUGUUCCCUGAGACCAAGGUGCACGGCAACGGCGCGGGCCGCCGGUUUGCCUUGUUCACGAGCGCACACGGCCACUACUCGGUGGAGAAGGCUGCACAGGCAGCAGGUCUGGGCUCGGGCGCCGUGUGGACGGUGCCGGUCGACGCCGAGGGCCGCAUGGUGCCAUCGGCCCUCGAGGCGCGCAUUGUCGAGGCAUCCGCGGCCGGGAUGACACCCAUGUACGUCAACACGACGGCCGGCACGACGGUCAUGGGCUCGUACGACCCGUUCGAGGCCAUUUCCGUGAUCUGCAAGGCGCACGGCCUGUGGCUGCACAUUGACGCAAGCUGGGGCGGUCCGGCCAUCUUCUCGGCGACACACCGCCACAAGCUGGCUGGCUCGCACCUGGCGGACUCGCUGACGGUCAACCCGCACAAGAUGAUGAACGUACCGGUGACGUGCUCGUUUCUGCUCGGCCCAGACCUGCGCAAGUUCCACAGAGCCAACACGCUGCCUGCGGGCUAUCUUUUCCACUCGCCGCCCGACGUCAAGGACAAGGCCGGCGGUGCAGCCACCAAUGGCGCGGCAACAAACGGUGCGGUCGCGAACGGCGUGGCUGCCGCACCAGAGGACGACGAAGAGGACGACAAAGACUACACGGAGGUGUGGGAUCUGGCCGACCUCACGCUGCAGUGCGGCCGCCACGGCGACAGCCUGAAGCUCGCGCUGGCCUGGGUCUACGAGGGCGCCGCCGGCUUCGAGCGCCAGACGGACCACGCCUUCCGCAUAGCCACUCUGCUGGCCGACACGUUGUCCAAGAAGUCGGAUACGUUUGCGCUCGUGUCUUCCAACCCGCCGCCCUGCCUCCAGGUCUGCUUCUACUAUGCAGACGGCGCGCCCGGAACACCCCAUGCCGACAAGGCUAUCAACUCGCGCCGGACACGAGCCGCCGUUGCCCUGCUGAUCCGCCGCGGCUACAUGAUUGACUUUGCACCCGGCGACAAUGGCAGCUUCUUCCGCGUUGUCGUCAACUGGCAGACGCGGCCAGGCACCGUCCACGGCCUUGUGCGGGCGCUGGAGCUGGUGCGCAAGGAGGUGGAGUAA